GUCUCGAUCACAAAACUAAUUAUAUUUUAUUCGUAGGGUAAGGCGGUAAUAAAGCAAAAUGCAAACCGAUAUCUGCUCAACACAAGUUGAUGCAAACAGCCCAGCACUUCUAUAUACUCCGUUCUUUCCUACUUCUCCCAGCAACUCGUACGAAGGAAAGUUUGUUCAAAAGUGCGCCGGAUGCCACCAAGUAAUACUGGAUCGUUCAUAUUUAUUCGUGGAGGACAGUUACUGGCACAUGGGAUGUCUCAAAUGCUGCGCAUGCGCACAACCUCUCGAUAAUUCCCGAACAUGCUUUGUGAAAGACACAAGGGUGUAUUGUCGCAACGAUUACAAAAGGUUAUUCGGAUCACAAUUAUGCACUCACUGCGGUGUGUUUAUUGAACCUCACGAACUCGUGAUGCGGGUUCACGAUCGUGUGUAUCACGCCAACUACAAAUGCUUUUCAUGCUGUUCAUGCCAACGACCUUUCACGACGGGCCAGGAAUUCGUUGAGGUUGCUCCGAACCUCGUGUGCAUGGAUUGCUGCGAGAGAGAGUCGUCUUCCGAGUACUUUGACAUCAACCUCCACAAACCGGGUAGACCAAAAAAGAGAAAGGCAAUCAUGACGUCAUCACACCUGGAUUCGAUCGGAGGAAUGGCUGUCAAUUACGUCACAGAGGAGAUCCGCAGCGACACCGAGCGGAUGAAUUUUCCGCCCCAUAAAUCGAAGCGCAUGCGCACAAGCUUCAAGCAUCACCAACUACGAGCAAUGAAAGCUUACUUCCACCAAAAUCACAACCCAGAUGCGAAGGAUUUAAAGCAGUUGGCUCAAGAAACUGGACUGACAAAGAGAGUUUUACAGGUUUGGUUUCAGAAUGCUCGAGCAAAGUACCGACGAGGUCGAGCCCAGAACAAAACAACUAACCAGAGUUUCACCAAAGGUAGUGGUAGUGACGUCACGAAGUCUGAAAAUGACGUCACCACUCAACAAGAUUCCAACUGCUCUGAUUCGAUAACUUCGAGCAUUGGGACUUCCCCGGGCUCGGACGCAUACCUUUAUGACGUCACAAGUAGCUGUGAUGACGUGACAGACACCCGCUCCCCUAAUUUCCCCAACACACAACCACCAACGGCGCAAGUGAGCCCUAUCUACCCCCAACCCCCUUACUCGGAUGCCCAGUAUAUAGGCUCUAUGACAUCACUAUCCACCAUAUCAACUACGUCAGCAUUGUCAUCCACGCUUGAAUCGGUCCAGUCAGCUAUGACCUCGCCAUGCAGUUUAUAAAUCAUAUUUAUUCACCCUGUGACGUCGAUUUUACGUCACAGCAGGGUUGUUCUAUGGCAUUACUUUGACGUCACAGACACACGAUCUUAAAGGGGUUGUUAAUUGAUCGAUGUUACGUCACUGCCUACGUCAUCACCACACUGUUCUGUAGCCAUGUUCCGUUGUACUUUCGCUAUUAUUACGUCACAGUGUUUACUAUGCCGUCCACGUUCUUGUUUUUAUAUUUCUAUUGUCGUCCAAUCUGUCGCACGACACAUGACGUCAUCACCACCUGUUAAACACGAAUAAAAAAACACUGGAUGUCGGUAGA